AAUACUGUUAAUGCAGCUGUGUUUGAUAAGACUGAAGAUAUCAACAAGAGAAGUAUAAAAACCCAGCUCUGAAUCUAGGGGGUCUGCACCACGGCAAAGAUGGGCAAGCUACUACUGGCAUCGGCUUUGGCCUUCCUGCUGCAAAUGCAGCUGGGGUCUUCCUUUAUCCUGUCCUGUUAUUUCACCAACUGGGCCCAGUACAGACCUCCACCAACCAUCUACAUGCCUCAUAACAUUGAUCCAUGUUUGUGCACCCACUUGAUCUAUGCAUUCGCCACCAUGAAGAACAACCAGAUUGCAACUUAUGAGUGGGAUGAUCUCAGUCUGUACAACACCUUCAAUGCCCUCAAGAACCAAAAUGGAAACCUGAAGACUCUUUUGUCAGUUGGUGGCUGGAACUUUGGAUCCACAGGUUUUAGCAACAUGGUGGCAACAGCUGAGACCCGUCAAAUUUUCAUCAGUUCUGUUAUCACCUUCCUACGCCAGAACGAGUUUGAUGGUUUGGAUAUUGACUGGGAAUACCCAGCUAAUAGAGGCAGCCCUCCACAGGAUCAGCAGCUCUACUCUGUUUUGUUGCAGGAAAUGCGGGCAGCCUUUGAGAAGGAAGCUCAACAGACCAACAGGGCAAGACUACUACUGUCUGCUGCUGUGUCUUCUGGAGUGGGCACUAUCCAGUCUGCCUAUCAAAUUCCACAGCUUGGCCAAGCACUGGAUAUGAUCAAUGUGAUGACUUAUGACAUGCAUGGCUCUUGGGAACCAUUUACUGGAGAAAACAGUCCUCUGUUCCGGGGCCCUGCUGAUCAGGGGGGAGACAUCUACUUCAAUAUUGAUUACUCUUUGAAUUAUUGGAAGAACAAUGGAGCCCCAGCUGAGAAGCUCCUUAUUGGAUUUCCCACUUACGGACAGACCUUCACUCUUAGGAACCCUUCAAAUAAUGGCGUAGGCGCUCCAAUCUCUGGUGCAGGUCAACCUGGAAAAUAUACACAGGAGGCGGGAGAACUUGCUUACUUUGAGGUCUGUACCUUUUUGGAAGGAGCUACUGAAGUGUGGUAUACCCCACAAGAUGUGCCGUAUGCAUACAAAGGAAACCAGUGGGUUGGCUAUGACAAUGAAAAGAGUUUUGGAAUUAAGGCUCAGUGGCUUAUGAACAAUCAGUUUGGAGGAGCUGUUGUCUGGACUAUUGACAUGGAUGACUAUCUGGGUACCUUCUGUAAUCAAGGCAAAUACCCACUGAUCAACGUAUUGCACAAAGCAUUUGGAUUGGAUCAAGUCGCCUGCAAACCACCAGCAACAGCCCUGCCGCCUAUUAAAGGAGUCACAACGACUGCAGCAACUCCGGCUCCCAGUGGGGGUGGUGGUGGCAGCUCUGGUGGAGGCAGCAGUGGAGGCAGCAGCAGUGGAGGCAACAGUAGCUUCUGUGCAGGCAAGAGUAACGGCCUUUUCCCUGACCCAACCAACAAGAAUCAUUUUUAUCAGUGCCUGAAUGGCCAGACCUACAGUCAGAGCUGUGCUUCUGGACUAGUUUUCGAUGCCAGCUGCUCCUGCUGCAGUUGGUCUUAACCCACGCGGUUCUCAAAGACAUGCCAGGAAACACAACCAGGCUUAAUGAAUAAAAAAAUCCUAAUGCAACCUGUGGUUUUCAAUCUGGCGCUUCUGACACUGGGUUGUUUGAAAAUUCUGUAUCCUUUGUCUGGUUUCUUUUUCCAAUUCAUUAUACCUACAUGCAUAUGCAUAUUAAUCUACAUAUCAAACUACAGGACACAAGAAACAUGCUUUUUUGUUUUUGCCAUACAUAAUUAUGAACAUCUGUUAUGGAACGGCUCUAAAUGCAGCCACACAGUAAUUCCAUUAUUUUU